AUGAAGCGAUGGGCCCUAUUCCGUGCUCUCAUUUUUGUCAGCUCUUUUGUAAUCGUGGCCGGGGUGCUGUUGAUAUUGUUGGGGUCGAGAUAUAGUGCAUUUGUGUCUGAGGAUCACAUGUCGACCGGGGAGGCCCAUGCUCUGCUCAUCCUCGGCGCCGUCCUCACCGUGCUCGGCAUCGUCGGCUGGGUGGUUGGCGUCUGGAGAGAGGUGCAACACUCUGGCCCCGAUGAAGAGGAGGACAUUAAAACGAUAAGCGAAACUGUA